UUUUCGCACGUCGCCGCCGCCGUCUCUGCAGCACCGUGCUGCACUCACCCACCGCGGCCUCUGCAGUGCUGUUGUAUGCUGGCUUCACUACUGCUGCAUUGCUUCGACCGACGGGCGCAGCACACCGACGAAGGCGCAGCACACAGACCCUUGUUUUGAUCGACGACCUACACUCCUUCAACCAACCACUACGACUGCACUUUUCCGUCACCUCGAGCCAUCGAACAUCGACUCCUCGACACAAUCUCCCCUUCUCUCUGACACCAUGGCGGAUCCCAGCCAGAACACCCACCGCGGUGUACCGCGACGAAAGCCCGUACCACGACCGUCGGCGCAGCCGCUUCCUGAGACGUGGGCGGCGGAUCUCACGAUGCAAUUCCGACGGACGCUGUCGACGAAGCGCAUGAAUGAAUUGAGCAGGAGGCCAGCGUCUAUGAGGCGAUCAUCGUCGCGGCGGACGGAGCUGGUUACUGUUUCUUCGCCUGCCCCGCCGGUUCCCUCACGCGAUGCGCCCGCACCACCUGUGAGGGAAGCACCCGGAGCUCCACAGGAGGGUAUUCAGCGGCAACAGUCACCACCGCCCGAGUAUGCAUCGCUCCGAAACAUUCCCAACAUGCCGACCCCGCCCACCGACCCCAAGUCAAUACGCUUUCGACACAUGCUUGUUUCUUUGUCAAACACACCUUGCAAAUGGGAGAAUCCGGGACUGCUAGACGACGCACUCGCUAAACUACCACUCCAACGGAUAUACGAUGAGGCACAAGAGGAAUCAGACCUCUACAGGGCCGAAGCGGCAUCGCUAGGGCCGAACACAAAGCCGGCAUGGGGCUACCAGGACUGCGUGAUUCGAGCCAUGAUGAGAUGGUUCAAGGAGGACUAUUUUGAAUGGACUAAUAAUCCCAAAUGUUCGACCUGUCACCAGCCGACUAUUGGACGAGGUAUGGUGGCACCGCUACCCGAGGAGCAAGCUUGCAGUGCAUCGAGGGUCGAGCUGUACCAAUGCAGCAAUGCUCAAUGCCAGUCUUUCGAACGCUUUCCCCGCUACAAUGACGCCUUUGUGCUGGUCGACACGAAGCGAGGCCGCGUGGGCGAGUGGGCUACGUGCUUUGGCAUGCUGUGUCGCGCGCUGGGCAGCCGAGUCCGCUGGGUGUGGAAUGCCGAGGACCAUAUCUGGACGGAAGUGUACAGCACACACCGCAAGAAGUGGGUGCACGUCGACGUGUGUGAGGGAGCGUGGGACGCGCCUCUCCUCUACACUCAAGGAUGGAACAAGAAGCUGUCGUACUGCAUCGCCUUUUCCGCCGAUGGAUGUCAAGAUGUCACCCGCCGCUAUGUUCGGAAUGCAGAGCAAGCCGCACCUCGUGCUAAGUGUACGGAGGGCGUGUUGCUCCACAUCCUGGGCGAGAUCAAGGCGAUGCGCCGCCGUGACAUGGACAAGCAAGAACGAUUCCGUCUCAAUGCGGAAGACAUGAAGGAAGAUGCCGACUUCCGUAAGAUGAUCAUCGAAGCUCUCGCGUACAACGUCAGCCUCAUACUCCCUGGUGGCGAGGGCGAGAAGAGUGGUGGGGGUGGCCGCGAUCGGACUGGAAUCGACCCUGACGCCAUGAAGGCUCUCGAGAGUGGGCAGGCGGAACGUGCGCGACAACGCGUGACAUCCAACAACCACCACCACGCGCAACAACAACAUCAUCAACAGCCGCAACAGUAACAUGGUCGUUGAAACAUGACGUCGACCUGCGCAUACACAUACCUCUUCUUCUUCUUCUUCUUCUUCUUCUUCUUCUUCUGCUUCUUGGCCUUUCAAGGGAAGGCCAGCCAGCUAUUUGAACCCAAGUUGUUACGAUGGAGCAUCGGCGCUUGGUUUGAUGCAGCACUGGGAUCUGCUGCGGAUACGUUUUUUUCACUUUCGUAUGUCUCACCACGAUACCGCACACGGCCGAUUACGGCAGAUUCUUUUUUUGUUCUUUUUCAUAUGUGCGUUAGACUAGCUUUUUGUGUAUGUGUGAUAUUUGGCGAGGAGUUUGCUGCGAGCAUGGCGGGCACCAUCUGAUCCGCGGCGGCAAUGAUGAGAUGUGUGUGUGUGUGUGUGUGUGUGUGUGUGUGUGUGUGUGUGUGUG